CUAGAGCUCUAGCUAUGUAGCCGAGUAGUCUGGUUAUCUUGGCAGUGAUUCCUUCUGCCUUUUCCCAAUGAGGAUCGCAUGGGAGAUAAUAACAUAUGCCCUCAUCUCAGGUUGAUACGGAUUUCUAAGGUGGACGAUGUGUCAGACCGUGUAAGGGAAUCACAUGGAGAUGGGCAUUUUGAACUGUUAGUGGGGACAUGGGACUCCCGUUGUCUCUGAUCCCACGUGUGGAUUUUCCCAGCGAAGAAGGACAGAAGCCGCUCGUAAGUCACCAAGGCCAGCAGCCGGACUCCUGCACGAAAGGGUGUCAAACCUUGUGAUUUUAAUUUGCAUCUGGGAGAAUGUCUGAGCCAGGAGACCUGAGUCAGACCAUAGUGGGGGAAGGUGGGCCUGAGCAGGAGACGGCCACUCCGGAGAACGGUGUGAUUAAAUCUGAGAGUCUGGACGAGGAGGAGAAACUGGAAUUACAGAGGCGGCUGGCAGCUCAGAACCAAGAGAGAAGAAAAUCCAAGUCAGGAGCAGGAAAAGGUAAACUGACUCGCAGCCUUGCUGUCUGUGAAGAGUCCUCGGCCAGACCAGGAGGGGAAAGUCUUCAGGAUCAGGAAUCAAUUCAUUUACAGCUUUCCAGUUUUCCCAGCCUGCAAGAGGAGGAUAAAUCUAGGAAAGAUGACUCUGAAAGAGAAAAAGAAAAGGAUAAAAACAAAGAUAAAACCUCUGAAAAACCCAAGAUCAGAAUGUUAUCAAAAGAUUGCAGCCAAGAAUAUACGGAUUCUACAGGCAUAGAUUUACAUGAGUUUCUGAUUAACACGUUAAAGAAUAAUUCCAGAGACAGGAUGAUCCUCCUGAAAAUGGAGCAGGAAAUUAUUGAUUUCAUUGGUGACAACAAUAACCACUAUAAAAAGUUUCCUCAGAUGUCAUCCUAUCAGAGGAUGCUUGUCCAUCGAGUGGCCGCUUACUUUGGGCUGGAUCACAAUGUCGAUCAAACAGGGAAAUCGGUCAUCAUCAACAAGACCAGCAACACAAGAAUACCAGAGCAAAGGUUUUGUGAACAUUUAAAAGAUGAAAAAGGUGAAGAAUCCCAGAAGCGGUUUAUCUUGAAGCGAGAUAACUCUAGUAUUGAUAAAGAAGACACUCAGCAAAACAGAAUGCAUCCAUUUAGAGAUGACAGACGAAGUAAAUCAAUUGAAGAGAGAGAAGAGGAGUAUCAGAGAGUGAGGGAGAGAAUAUUUGCACAUGAUUCAGUUUGCUCCCAGGAAAGCCUCUUUGUGGAAAACAGUAGGCUCUUGGAAGACAGUAACAUAUGCAGUGAGACCUAUAAGAAAAGACAGCUCUUUCGGGGCAACCGAGACGGCUCAGGAAGAGCUUCGGGAAGCAGGCAAAGCAGCUCCGAGAAUGAGCUCAAGUGGUCUGACCACCAGAGGGCCUGGAGCAGCACAGACUCCGACAGCUCCAACCGCAACCUCAAGCCGGCCAUGACCAAGACGGCGAGCUUUGGGGGCAUCACGGUGCUCAGCAGGGCUGACAGCACGUCCAGUAGCAGAAGUACCGGGAAGCUGUCCAAAGCAGGUAGUUCCGAGUCCUCCAGCAGUGCAGGCUCCUCAGGAUCACUGUCACGCACAUAUCCACCUCUCCAGAGCACUCCGCUGGUCUCAGGCGUGGCAGCCACUUCUCCUGGCUGUGUGACCUACCCAGAGAACGGGAUGGGGGGCCAGGUCGCUCCCAGCAGCACCAGCUACAUCCUCCUUCCGCUCGAAGCUGCCACAGGCAUCCCGCCCGGAAGCAUCCUUCUUAAUCCACACACAGGCCAGCCCUUCGUGAAUCCUGAUGGAACCCCCGCCAUCUACAACCCCCCAGCCAGCCAGCAGCCCCUGCGUAGUGCGAUGGUGGGGCAGACCCAGCCGCAGCCCCAGCAACAGCCCUCCCCACAGCCCCAGCAGCAGGUCCAGCCAGCCCAGCCGCAAAUGGCCGGCCCCCUGGUCACUCAGUCUGUCCAGGGGCUGCAGGCUUCCUCCCAGUCCGUGCAAUACCCAACUGUGUCUUUUCCUCCCCAGCAACUCCUGCCCGUGUCUCCAACGCCGCAGUUCCCCCUGAGAGAGGACGUGGCCACGCAGUUCGGCCAGCUGACCCUGAGCCGGCAGUCCUCGGGGGAGACUCCCGAGCCCCCCGCGGGUCCCGUCUACCCACCAUCCCUCCUGCCUCAGCCCACCCAGCAGCCAAGCUACGUCAUUGCUUCCACGGGUCAGCAGCUUCCCACGGGGAGCUUCUCUGGCUCCCAGCAAGUCCUCCAACCCCCUGCCUCGCCACAGGGGUUCAUGCAUCAGCCUCCACCCACACAGAUGCCUGUGUAUUAUUAUCCGUCUGGUCAGUACCCUACCUCAACCACGCAGCAGUACCGGGCUAUGGCCUCGGUUCAGUUCAGCGCUCAGAGGGGCCAGCAAAUACCGCCGACGGCGCAGCCAGCAGGUUACCAGCCAGUCUUGUCUGGUCAGCAGGGGUUCCAAGGCCUCGUGGGGGUGCAGCAGCCACCUCAGAGUCAGGGCGUGAUGAGCAGCCAGCAGGGAGCUCCAGUGCAGAGCGUGAUGGUCUCCUACCCAGCCGUGUCCAAUUAUCAGGUGCCAAUGACCCAGGGUUCUCAAGGACUGCCCCAGCAGUCGUACCAACAGCCACUCAUGCUCCCUACCCAGGCAGGCCAAGGCUCCCUCCCGGCCGCUGGAAUGCCCGUGUACUGUAACGUCACGCCGCCGACCCCUCAGAGCAGCCUGCGGCUGGUGGGCCCGCACUGCCCCGCGAGCUCUCUCCCCGCGGCGUCGGCCAGCUGCAGGACCAACUGUGCCAGCGUCAGCAACGCCGGGUGGCAGGUCAGGUUCUGAGCGCGCCGGCCGGGCCGUGUCCCCUGGCACCGCCGCGGCCCUUUGCGGGGGCAGGAGCCAGGCCGGGAGGCCCGCUGAGGACUGAAGUAUUCACUCCACACCCCAAUGACUGCUGCUGGUAUUCUGUACAAAAAAAAAAAAAAAAAGACUAAUCCACACGUUAGCUGGUUAAUGGUGCAUAUUUCCGUCAUGUCUGCUAGGUAUGCCUUUCUAGCUUAGCUAGUGACAUGAAUUCAUCAAGGUAAGAUUUUCUCCUACCACUGAAUACCACUGUGUAGACGAUACUAUCCCUAAUUUGGAUUAUUAGUUUUGUACUUUGUGUUGAGUUUGUGAUGCUAAGAAGUAUUUAAAAAAAAAAAUUAUAUACUGAAAUCACAUUGUACCAAAGCUGUAAUGGAAAAGAAAAGAAUUGAUGAAUGGAAGGAAUAAUUUAUAUACACAAUAGAGUUUUCUUUUUUUAAUGGAUAUAUACUGUAUUGUAGUGUUUAAUCGAAAUAAAACUAUUUGACCUUAUGGAGAAAGGUCAUGUUUUUA